AUGUCAGGUUCUGGCGAUGCGAAGCCUCACCGCCCAGCUGAUGCUGCAGAACCUUCCGGAAACUCUCAGCAGGCUCCGUACCACGCUAGUCAUUCCGCGGGGGUAGUAUCAUCGCAGCCUGGAGAUGUACCCAAUCCUCCAGUCACUUUUCCACCCGCUACCAGCGGAGUUCCCGCCGUACCUGCGCCGUUCGUAAGUCCAGCUCAUUAUUUACGGCGGACGUCACGACCAGUACUGGCUGUGACACCCGUGGAGGAAAAAAUGAAGCCACUCACACCUUUGGACGUGGAGCAAAUGGAUGGCCUGCGAGCCCUCCGAGCUUUCUUGAAGGUUCGAACAAGUUAUGAUGUCCUUCCACUGAGCUUCCGGCUCAUCGUGUUUGACACGGGACUUCUGGUCAAGAAGAGCUUGGAUAUCUUGAUCCAAAAUGAAGGCAUCGUAUCAGCGCCGCUAUGGGAUUCCAAGUCAUCCACAUUCGCUGGUCUACUCACAACCUCCGAUUACAUCAAUGUUAUCCAGUAUUACUGGCAGAACCCGGAUGCGAUGGGCCAAAUUGGCCAAUUUCGACUCAGCAGUCUUCGAGAAGUCGAACGAGCCAUUGGAGUCCAACCCCCGGAGACCGUCUCGAUUCAUCCAGAGCGACCGCUCUACGAAGCAUGCCGCAAGAUGCUCAAGUCUCGUGCACGUCGUAUUCCCUUAGUGGAUGUUGACGACGAAACCCAGCGAUCUAUGGUGGUUAGCGUGGUGACCCAGUAUCGCAUCCUCAAAUUUGUUGCUGUCAACGUUAAGGAGACGGCUAUGCUGAGGAAGCCGCUUCAAGCCAUUAAUGUCGGCACGUAUGAGAACAUUCAGACUGCCACCAUGGACACACCAGUCAUGGACGUGAUCCACAUGCUUGUGCGAUACAAUAUCUCCAGCGUUCCAAUCUUGGACAAAGAAGGUAUUUUGCUGAACGUGUUCGAGGCGGUUGAUGUCAUCACCUUGAUCAAAGGGGAGACGGACUAUGACAACAAUCUGAACCUUACCGUAGGCGCAGCGAUACUGAAGAGGGCGGACGACUUCUCCGGGAUCUACACUUGUUCUGCCGAUGAUCGUCUUGAUACCAUCUUCGAUACGAUUCGCAAAUCACGCGUUCAUCGAUUCGCCAUCGUCGACGAUAAACUCCGCUUGAAGGGUGUCCUAACCUUGAGUGACAUCCUCGAAUACAUUCUUCUCGAAGGUGAAGAAGGGCAGUAUUGA